CAUAUAUGCUAUAUUGCCAAAAGUAUUGGGACACCCCUCCAAAUCAUUGGGACACCCCUCCAAAUUCAGGUGUUCCAAACUCCUCCAUGGCCACAGACUGCUUCUACAAACAUUUGUGAAACAAUGAGUUGCUCUCAAGAGCUCAGUGAAUUCAAGCAUGGUACCGUAAUAUGUUGCCACCUGUGCAAUAAGUCUAUCCGUGAAAUUUCCUUGCUACUAAAUAUUCCACGGUCAUUUGUUAGUGGUACUCUAACAAGGUGGAUGCAACUGGGAACAACAGCAACUCAGCCACAAAGUGCUAGGCCACGUAAAAUGACAGAGAGGCGGUCAGUGCAUGCUGAAGCGCACAUAAAUAAACCCCCAACUGUCUGCAGAGUCAAU